AUGGAAUUAGUGAACGUGAUUGUAGAUGAUGAGCCAAGUGAAAGGAAGAAGACCAAUCUGAGUGAAGAUGAUGAUGAUGCAGAUGUUCCAGUCGAUGUUCCAGCAGUUGAUCUCGACUAUGAUUCUGAGACAAAUGUCCAGGAGAUCUUGUCUUCUGAGAAGAAGAAGUAUGCAGGAAAACGCAUUCGUCAGAAUGUUCCUGCUGUUCCUAUUGAUCAUGUGUCAUUCCAUGCUGAAGAAAAUGUUCAGAAGUGGAAGUUUGUGUGUCAACGCAUAAUUGCCAAGGAAAAGGAAGUUGGCUCUGAUUUGCUUGAGUGCAAGGAAAUGGUGGCACUCAUUGAGAAGGCUGAGCUGAUGAAGACCAUUCUCAAAGUUGGGAGACGUUAUGAAAGGCUGGUGAAGGAGUUUUUGGUGAAUCUUUCUGUGGAAGUGGGACUUCCUGAGAGUUUUGAGUUCAGAAAUGUUUAUGUCAGGGCUAAGUGUGUUGAGUUCUCUCCUGCUGUGAUCAACAAAGCACUUGGAAGAAGUGUUGUUGAGUUUGUUGAUGAGGAACUGUCAUUGGAUGUGAUUGUCAAGGAACUUACUGCUGGCCAAGUCAAGAAGAGACCUUUCAAGAAGUUGUUGUCCACUGAGAAUCUCAGUGUGAAGUAUGCAAUCCUUAACAAGAUUGGAGCUACUUUGAAACAUGCCUACACUUGUGUUGUGAAGCUGCCAAUCUCAUUUCCAUCUCUUCUUACAGAGAUCAUCCUUCAACAGCAUCCUCAGAUUCUAAGGGCUGAUGAAGUUGUUAUGUCCAAGGGUGUGCCAAUCACCUUGGAUCAUCGUUUGUUCUUGGAGUCGCAUGUUCCAGACAUUGCUAUGCCAUCCAGCAGGACAUAUGUCCCUGCUCCUAUGACCGAGUCUGGCACCAAGGCCAUUAUUGCUCAAGAGGCAGAUGGCCAAGGGGGUGAGCCAAGUGUUGCUGCUACUGCUGCCCAGGAUGCUAGCACUGAAGAAGAGGGAGAAUCUGAAGAGAGUGAAGAUGACACUAGGGAGGAAUCUAGUUCUGAAGAAUAUUUUUUGUGUGAUUUUGCUGCUAUUUCUUUGUUUUGGUUGUAUUUGUGCGCCAUUUGCCAAAUUUGUGUUAAAAAGGGGGAGUAG